GAAUUUGCGUAUUAAUUAAUAGGUAAAUUUAAAAAUAUUCUAAAAUUACUCAUUUUUCUGAUGUCUGGAGGAGAAUAUAGAUAUGUUUGGCGAAUUGUUUUUCGGAAUUUUAUCAAUUCAUUUAAACCGCGGCAAGUACGGGGAAAUAAAAUAGGAAAAGAUUACAUUGGAAAUGAGUACUUCGAAAUACCAGCGGAUCCAAGUAGGGGGAAAAGAAAUCCAGCCAGAUGGUAUGAUCCGCCGAAAGGCUUAGAUUUUCAAGAUCCAAUACCAGCAGAAUGGGAAGCAUGGCUGCGAAUGAGGAGGAAGGAACCACCCACAGAAGAAGAAAUAGCAAGGAAUGUUGCCAUAGCCCAAAUGAAAAAGGUUAAUGCAGCAAAAAUUGAACAAAACAGACUGGCUGAGGGUGGUUCAUUGCCCGCUCCCGCUGAUAAAGGGCCCGAAUCAUAUCCUAAGUACAAAGACUAUCAUGUUGGGGAUAUAAUGGAUGAACACAGGAAUAAAUACUAGGCUCUGUGAUAUGCAAAAAGUAGAAUUAGUACUACUACAACUAAUAGAUUAUAAUAUUAUCUACUUAAAUAAAUUAUUUUAGAUAUUAAAUAAAUGUACUUUGAAGUAUGAAC